AUGGGAAGCCUUACUCCAAACAUCGACGUUCUGGGAGACACAAGGGACGAGUCCCCGAGGAUACAAGCCGACCACUUUGACACCCUGAUGCAAGAAACAGCAGCAGAGAUGGACGGAGAGGAAGACCCAGAAAGGUUUAUCGACAUUAGUGAACGAGUUGCCUCACUUAGACAGGCGAGAGACCUAGUUCUGGAACAGCGUGGACUAGAGGGUAUCAGAGACGCACAGGAAGAGGACAUCACCAGACUGGAGAGUGUCAAGAGGUGGUUCAGAGAGAACCUAGUAGGACUCUCUGCAAUGGGUGUGUCACUAGCUGGCAUCAUUACGACCCUUAUCGUCGCCGGUCGGACAGCACUUGCCAAGAGAGCAUAG